AUGGCUUCCGCAACGAGCUUCUUCGACUUCAAGCCCAAGGACAAAAAGGGCACCCCCUACGACCUCUCCAAGCUCAACGGCAAAGUCGUCCUCGUUGUAAACACAGCCUCAAAAUGCGGCUUCACCCCCCAAUUCGAGGGCCUCGAGAAGCUCUACAAAGACGUCAAGGCCAAACACCCCAACGACUUUGAAAUCAUCGGCUUCCCGUGCAAUCAGUUCGGUGGUCAGGACCCAGGCUCCAACGAUGAGAUUCAGGAGUUUUGCCAGUUGAACUACGGUGUUAGCUUCCCCGUGCUGGGCAAGAUUGAUGUCAACGGCGCAUCCGCAGACCCCGCCUUCGAAUGGCUCAAGAACGAGAAGCCUGGCCUCAUGGGCCUCAAGCGUGUCAAGUGGAACUUUGAGAAGUUCCUUGUUGGCAAGGAUGGAAAGGUCAAGGGCAGGUGGGCGAGCACGAAGAAGCCUGAGGAUCUUAAGGCGGAUAUCGAGAAGGAGUUGGCUGGUAAAUAA